GGACUAUACUUUUUUACUCUCACCUUAUCCUACUUUGGAAAUUGCUUCAUAGGAGACAGGGAGUGUUAUCUUCAAGUACAUCAUCAUCAGUAUUCAGUUCUGCAUUUUAUUUUAUCUCAGAACUGAAAAAAAAAAUGGCAACUCCGAUUUCCAUCCAAUUCAAUCCCUCAAUUCUCUCAUUUCCAUCAAAUCCUUCACAAUCUAUCAAUACAAAAGCACAAUUCUUUCAAUCCAAUGAUAAAUUAUUGCUCAAACAAAAAAACAAUUCAUCUUCCCGCCAAUUUCUUCAACAACAAGUUUCAUUGCACCAAUUAUCUUCAGCUAGAUUUGUAGUGUCAGCAGCAGCAACAGGUGUUGUUGAUACAGUUGAAGAUAAACUUCCAGCUGAUAUUCAUGUUACUGAAACCCAAGAACCCAAUUCCAGAGUCAGGUUGACUGUAGAAAUUCCAACUGUUGUAUGCGAGGAUUGCUAUAGAAGUAUCAUAAAAGAGUUCAUGAAACGUUCAAAGGUUCCUGGAUUUCGUCCUGGGAAGAAUGUUCCAGAAGAUAUCCUCCUUGGCUUUAUCGGGAAGCAAAAUGUUCAAAAAGCUGCAGUUGAAGCUAUUCUGAAAAGAACACUUCCACAUGCCAUGUCUUCGGUUACUGGAAAGGCGUUUGAAGACUCUAUCCGCAUUGUGACCAAAUUUGAGGACAUGGAAAAGACUUACCUGUCUACGAAUACCUUGAGGUAUGAUGUGGUUGUUGAUGUGGCUCCUGAAAUCAAGUGGAAACCUGACGAUGCAUACAAGAAUCUUAAGGUGGUUGUUGAGCUUGACAGUGAUAUGGAUGCUCAGCGAGUUUCAGAAAAAGAGUUUAUAAAGCGCCACAAGUCUCUCGGUGCAUUGAAAAUUGUUACUGACAGGGGUUUACAGGUUGGUGAUGUUGCAGUGAUUGACGUAACAGCAACUUCGAUUGAGCAGGAUGGAUCAGAUGCUAAAAGCAUACCAGCUGCAGAGAGUAAAGGUUUCAAUUUUGAUACAGAAGAGGGAGAUAAUGUCCUUCCCGGUUUUCGUGAUGCAAUUAUUGGUAUUAAACGUGGUGAAACAAAGUCAUUCCCUUUGGUAUUUCCAGACUCAUGGAAACAAGAAGAUCUUCGUGGUGUUCAUGCUCAAUUCACUGUUGAUUGUAAAGAACUGUUCUACAGAGAUUUGCCCGAGUUGAAUGACUCGAUUGCUGAAAAGCUUCUUCCAGGAUGCAGCUCCAUUGAGGAGGUCAAGCAAGCAUUGCUACAAAGAUGUCGCGAAGUUGAACAGGCAGCUAAAGACCAAGCAACUGAUAAUGCCAUCCUUGACCAGCUAUACAAGAUGGUUGAUGUUGAAAUUCCUCAAUCUCUCUUCCAAGAGCAAGGGAGAGAACUCUAUGGAGCUCAACUUUUACAAUUGCAGGCAAAUAUGAAACUGAACGAACAGCAGCUGGCAUCGUUAUCAAGCCCAAGGGCCGUGAAUGAGUUCCUUGAAACACAAAAAGAAAAUAUAACAAGUAUCGUAAAGCAAAAUUUAGCUGUCGGUGACAUAUUUACACGUGAAAAUUUGCAGUUUUCAACAGAGGAGUUAGUGAAGGAGGUUCAAAACUCAAUUCAAGAAUUCCAACAGCAUCAACAGGAGUACGAUGAGGACCGAGUUAAGCAACAGGUACAAGAGGUACUUGAAGGGGCUAAAGUACUUGAAUGGCUAAGGGAAAAUGCAGAGAUUCAGUACAUAACUAGGUGAAAAGACAUAGAUGUUCAAUCUUCAAAGAAGGGAUAAAUUUUGACUUAUUUUGAUGCUUCUGAGAACUCUGUGACCAAAUGAUCAAACAAUAUCGGCAACUGAUGCGGCGAAAUGCUUCAAGCGAGUUUCAAACUUACAGUGCUGCCCGAUAGUUGGGUUGGGUUGAAGGAGCUUCUCAAAAUCCGAGCAUCUUUUUUGAACGGAUGCAAUUUCCAGGAUGAUGAAUCGUCCUGAUUUCCAUAUUGCAUUCUAAAAAGUCACCGUUUUAAAGUUGGUGAACUGAAAAUACAUGUAUUUUGAGAGGCAAUCCAAAGCUGUUUAUUUGUAUACAUUUGCACCGAUUCAUUAUUAAUUCAAACCUUCCUUUUACCUA